CUUGCCCCUUGCACCCAGGCAGGCGCAGAGUACUUUCUAUUUGCAGGCACGCAAGCACGCAGGGAACGGACGGACUCGUUGUGUUUGUUUACUAUUAAUACUGUGCCCACUAAGUAAUUCUAUUAUUUAUAAUUAAUUUACCUAAGUUCAACUAAUUUAAGAACACACGUAGCUGACUAAAAAAAUGGAUGACAUAUAUUCUUCGUUUGACGACUCUAAAAGCAGUGGCUACAAUAACAAGAAAACCGAUGUAAGUCUAUCUGACCAACUAGCAGAAUUCGGAAAGCUACGAAUAUCUGCUCUAACAAACGCAGCAGAAAUAAGUCCUUUUGUCAAAGAAGUAACUAUAGGACCAAACAGCCCUCCUAUAAAGGAUCCAGUACAAAAUAUGGAUCGGCUGACAGAAACACCACCCAAAAUCAAAGAGGAAGAGAAUUUGAUGGAGGACAGGAUUCGCGAAGACCUCCGAUAUACGCUGAUCAUGAGAGAAUUUGAGACUAAACUGCAGCAAACUUCAGAAGAAUCAUUUAGAGAACUUAUUGAGCAGAUGAUAGCCAAAAGAGCAGAAAUAUCUUUGAAAUAUUGGAAAGCGCAAAGUGAAGAAUGUGAACGCCGGGCGCUCGAACGCAAGAAACGAAAGUUGCUUCUGCUGCAGCAACUGGCAGAUAAUGACAAUCAAUCUCUAUUGGAGCGGGCCAAGUUAGAUGAGCAGAACACCCAAUUAAUCAACAGACAAACCAUGGACAACUUGAACAGAAUGUUGGAAGAGCAAAACAAAGCAACAGCAAGGCUUGCAGCGAUCACUGACAGCCACACAAAAAUAUGUUUAUGUUACAGUGAAAUAAACAAUCUCAUACAAACUGAACCUUUAGUCAAAGAAAUCUAUGAGAAGUACCGAACAGCUAUAAACACAGUAAUUGGAAAUAUCAAUGUUAUUAUGGAGUCCUGUAAGAAUACUGCUCUAACAGACAGGGAAGUAAAACAGGCUGAGAUUUUGGUGUUAAAUAUUGACAAUAUAUGUAAAAAGAUAAUAAAUGACUUGCAAGAGUUUAAGAAAAAGAAACAGAGAGAAGAGGAAGAUGAAGUUACAAGGAAAAAAGAGCUGGAAGAAAAAGAAUUGCUAGAAGCCAAGGCUAAAGAAGAAGCAGAAAAAGCUCAGCAAGCUGAGUUGGCUGCGCUGUUACUUGACCAAUCAAAGAAAACAAAGCCUAUUUUCCACUCUGCUAAAAAUUUCAGUAAUUAUGAAGAUCUUAAGAAUUUUCUGGUACAAUAUGAAUUGCAAUACAAGGAGUUAUUAGAAAAUGUUAAUAUGAAAAAAUUCAGAUUUGACUGCCAAAAGGCUGUGAACACACCAGUGAAUGCAAUUUCUUCUGUCAGUGGAAUACAUAUGAAAGAUAAAUAUGAGAAACUGUCAAAAUUGUUGAAAGGUGAACGGGUCCAAGUGCUGGACACUUAUGUGCAGGCAACACAGCAUCCUCAGGGACUUGCUUAUUGUACAGCUCUACUGGCAAAAAAGAUUGUCCGUCAAGGAGACCUGCUCGUCUCUAGCAAGCCAGAGGCAGCAUUCCCUUUGGCGGCAGUGACUGUGGCACUCAGUUCACAAUUCCCAACAUUUUCAAAAUUAUUAGAAGCAAACUUUCAUAGACAAUGCCCAUAUUUAGUACCCAUGUUCUUACCACAGAAGGAAGGUCAGACUGACAAGGAAUUCUAUUUAUCAAGAGGUUACACUUAUAAUGAUGAAGGAGUUGUGGAGAAGCAAGACAAAUUUUUGAAGAGAAUGUCUGGCAUAUUCCGCCUCUGUUGUGCCAUUUGGAUAGCAAAAACUCCUAGGUUUGUUAAUGCCCCAAAUCCUCAUGGUUUGUUCUAUGGCUGGAGAUGGCUGGCUUCUUUCAUAAACUUGAGACCAGAACCCGACAUCAGUGCCACUUUACUUCAUGACUUUUUCUCGGUCUGUGGCCAUGAGUUUUUCAAGCAUUAUGGAAAACAAUUUACAAAAAUUAUCAAAUUAAUAGCUACAGAUUAUCUAGCCAUCUUACAGAAUAUUGAUGAAGGUGGGCCCAAAAGUAGGUUGGAGGUUUUUCUUCAAAAUGUUCUAAGAACUGGUCACAUAGAACCAGCCAGUGGAUUGCUACAACCAAACACAUGGUGAUUUUUCCUGAUUUUAAUUAUAAGUAUUUUAUUUCUCAAAUCUUAAUGAACUUUUGUAAUUGUAUUCCCUAAAUGUGAUUUUGCAUCAUGUACUUUUAAUUUAUAGCUAUGAGUUAUUAUAAAUUGUAAACACAGACAUACUAUGGUAAUAAAUUAAAAUUUAUACAAAUAUG